AUGCCGAAGUCCAAACGUAAAGUACUUGUUCUUCACUACUUUUUUAAUAAUGAUGACUUUUUAAAGAAACGAAACGAAAUUCGCCCUGCUCAUCUAUCAUAUCUUCGUCAACAUUCAAAUCACAAUGGUAACAAGGUUGAAUUCAAAGUGGCUGAAUCAUUAGAUGGUAAGAGUUUUUAUUGGCCUUUAACAACACAUCACAAUGAAAUAAUGCGAUUUAUGCAAGAAGAUCCAUAUUACACAGAAGGACUUGUUCGUGAUGUAACCAUCUAUAUGCAUACAAUUAUUGAGAAAUGUUCAUCAUAA